AUGUCUCCUUUGAUCAAACCCGGCUACCUAAAGAUGGAGGGUGGCAUCUAUCCGGCUGGUCUCCUUGGGAAUGCCAUGAGAAUUGAACGCUUUGACAGAGCGAUUGAAGACUGGUUUCAUUAUCGCGGCUGUACAUUCCAGAACGCAUGCUAUAAAAAAUAUAUCGAAGCUUACAAAGCCUGGGAGAUGGAAUGGAGCACCAGGAGUAUUGAACACCAGUUAAGCCACCACACGACAGAAGACAAAGACCAAGUGGUGGUCCUGAGUCUACAUAUGGUACAAGAUCAAAUUCUUAAGCACGAUGUUGUCUUGUGA